AAAACAAUUUAAAACGUCCAUAAUGUAUCUCUGAGUGCAAAUAAAGUUAAAACGAGAAAAUUAACUUUAUUAAUUGGUUAAGUUCGCUUAUAGUUCGAAUAUUUUUCGUUUUGAGGUUGGCGCUUCACGAUUCGUAUUUGAUUUAAAUUAAAUUCUCCGCAUUCGAGGUAUUCCAACGAUAUUACCAAUCCAAGCUAAAUAACUAUGGAACACGAAUCAUAUUUAGACGUAAUUAAGAAUUAUGGGCAGCCACCACGCCAAUCAACUUUUGCCUCAUAUAUGGAAACCACCUUCAAUGUACUUAGUAAUUUGGGUUCCGGAGGGUUCGGAAGUGUUUUUGAAGUAAAACAUAGGAAUACUGAACGUAGUUAUGCUAUUAAAAGAGUUAAAAUAGAACGAAAUAAAGGCGUGGAUUAUGCUAUCCGUGAAAUGUUGGUGUUAAAAGCGUUGAAUCAUCCGAAUAUUGUUCGAUAUUUUGACUCAUGGCUGGAACGAACACCCUCUGAUUUUUGUUACGAUCAUUAUUAUUACUAUAAUUGUAACAAGUCAUCUUGUAACUUAACGAAAGCUGUGGCAUCCCGUUGUAACUGCUGCCCUGUGAAUCCUCACUCAAAUGACAUGAAAAUUUUCUUUUUUAUUCAAAUGGAGUUGUGUCUAACAGGAAGUUUAAAAGAUUGGCUGUUUUUCACCGCGCCUAAUCGCGUUAAAGCGGAUUCUUUAGACGUUUUUAGACAAAUUGUUGAUGGAGUUGCUUAUAUUCAUUCUAAAAAUUUAAUACACCGAGAUUUAAAACCGUGCAACAUUUUUUUCUCAUUGAAUGGAGUCGUGAAAAUUGGAGAUUUUGGCUUAGUCACUAGUAUGGAUAACCAUGGUAACAACGAAGAGUUAGACAACUCAAUAGAGCAAAGUCACACGCGAGGUGCUGGAACACAGCUCUAUAUGAGCCCAGAAGUAUAUUAUACGAAAACGUACGACAAUAAAGCUGAUAUUUUUGCGUUAGGGAUGAUAUUGUACGAAUUAAUGGUCCCAUAUUCAAACGAAGAGGAUAGAACUAGAGGAUUGAUAGAUUUACGACGAGCAAUAUAUAACGUAGUCUUCGUAUUGAAUGAUAUACACGAGUUUCACUCAGUUGUAAAUAUGAUGUGUAUAAAUCCGGAUGAUCGUCCAACAAUUUUCGAAGUUAGAGAAAUGUUUUCUUAAAAAUUAUUUAUUUGUUUCACUAAGUUUUGAUAAAUUAAA